GUUAUUCACAGCUUUCGCUCAGUGCAUGAUAGCAUAAGGGAGCAAUGACUACAUUCAGGAUUUUAGCAACUUUGUUGUUGGCGGUGACAGUGGCUUUCUUUCUGGCGGAAGGAGAGUGUACCGUCAAUCAAUGUAUGUGCAGUGGGAGGGAUGGGCGAGAUGGACGCGAUGGUAGAGACGGACGAGAUGGCAAUGUCAUUUGUACACAGCGACCGGACCGUCCCUCGAUUCAUUUGGAUGGAGCACAGGAAAAACACGCCGUAAUCAAAGCCGAUACGAAUAUGGAUUCCUGGAACACUACAGCGCCGGCUGGAUAUGUAACGGGUGGCAUGAAGUAUGCUAAUGGCUACAUAACAGUACCCGUUAAUGGGGUGUACUUUGUGUACUGCCAAGUGUAUCAUAACUUGGGAAAUAACGCAGGAAGACACAGGAUAUUUAUCAACAACCGUCCAGUAGCACUGGCGGGUAAACAUCCAGGUCUCCCCACACAGGGUUCUUACUACGUUGGUCUGACGCAGAAACUAAACAAAGGCGACAAAAUAAGUUGCAGGCUUACGUAUGAUAGCCGACUCUACCUUGGUAGUCAGCACACAUUUUUGGGAGCUUUUAUGCAUUAGUAUAAAGGUAGACUGAUCCUUCCCUGACAACAUAAGAGCCUUAGGGACUGUUAAUCAAUGUAGUAAAUAAAAUGUUUUGACUAUA